AUGGACCUGAUUAAACAACUUCUGGCCCUCAAGGUCCCAGACCAACUAAGCCUCUCCCCCAAUGGCCAACAAGUCACCUACACAGCCAAGACCAAACACGACCACAAGCCCAAGGACACCCACCACAACAGAUCCAUCUGGCUCGCAGACACCAGGUCGGAAAAGUCCUCGCGCAGGCUGACGAAUGGCGACUUCAACGACCGUGACCCGCAGUGGGCACCAGACGGCCAGACCAUCGCAUUUCUCUCGGACAGGGGGAUACGUGGUAAGAGCUGCGCCAUCUAUCUGGUUAGGGCUUUCAACGGUGGUGGCGGCGGUGAUGAUGAGGGCAAGGAGGAACAACGCCCCAAGGCCAUCACACCAGGCGACAGCGAGCAGGACAUCUCCAAGUACCGCUUCAGCCCAGACGGGAAGCACAUCUUCUUCAUCGCAAGGCCCGCCAAGACCGCCGCGGCCCAGGCGCGCGAGGAGGCAGGGGACGACGCGCAGGUCUGGGGCGAAGAAGAGGAGAGGGAGCAGCGGCGGUUCGCACACCUGUACCGCGUCGACGUCGAGACGGGCGCUGUGGAGGCUGUGUGGGACAGCAAGGUCGAGGUUGUCAACUUUGCACUGGGAGACGACGGCACUGAGGUGGCUGUCGUGACGGAAAAGUCGGCACACAUCGAGAGCGAGUUCUUGCACGGCUGCGACAUUACUACGUUCAGGCUUGGUGGCGCAAAAGGGCUGAAGCUGGAACGAGGAGGAAGAAGAAGAGGGGAGAGGUCCGUCCACCUACCUCGAAAGCUGUACGAUCCCAUCUGGUGCGGGCAGACGCUGUAUUUCCUCGCCUACAACGUGCCUGAGGCCUCAUCGACGGGGCUGGCAGUGUACGCAGUCGACCUUUCUCCAGAGGGCCAGACAGAAGAAGGAGACAAGCUAAAGUACAGGAAGGUGGCCUACGGCGAGGAGAACUGUGCCCAGCCUGGUCUUCGGAAGGCUGGGGGUCAAGUGCUUGUGUACGUCCACCACGGCAUGGCGGACCAGGUGAGGCUUCUGGAUGGCACGAUCCUCUUUAGCCAGGAGAAGAGUAUCUUCAGCUAUGACGCCGUCGCCAUCCCUUCAAAUGGCAGCGGCAACAACAAUAAUAACAAUGAGGAGGAGAGGAAAGAGAUUCUCAUGGUGGUAGCAACAGGCGACAUCAACAAUCCCACCGAGGUCUUUACCGUGAUGAACCCAAAAAUAACUACCCCGUCCCUCACUCAGCUCUCUGACCACGGCGCCUCCUUCACCACCCGUACCCUCGCCCAAGAUGCUACCUUCAUUACCUGCCCAACCCUCGAUGGUAAAGAGACCGUCUCAGCCCUCUUCCUCACCCCAGCAAACACGGCCACAGCCACGGCCACCACCACCAACAACACACCCCCAAACGGUCAAGCCCCCUUCCCAACCUACGUCUCCAUCCACGGAGGACCCUACUACCGCAUAACCAACACCGCCGACUCCCACGACCCUGUCACCUUCUAUGCCCCCUUCCUCCUCUCCGCCGGCAUUGCCGUCCUCAUCCCAGACUACCGCGGCAGCUCUGGCCGAGGCCAGCGCUACGCAAGCUAUGCAGCAGCAGGGCCAGGCGCCUACUACGGCACCACCGACGAGCCCGACAUAGCAGCCCUCACCCAGCACGCCAUCACCCUGGGCCUGGCCGAUCCAGACAGGCUUGCCGUCGGCGGCUGGUCGCAGGGCGGCUACCUGUCGUACCUAUCCGCUGUGCGCGGCGGCGGCGUGUAUCACGGGCUGGGGUGGCGGUGGCGGUGUGCGGUGCCUGGGGCCGGGGUCUCGGAGUGGGAUAGUAUGGUCUUGACGUCGGAUAUUGGGUAUACGCAGGCGGAGCCGGCCGGGUGUCUUUGGCGGCUGGACAGGGCGGAUGUCAGGACGAGGCAGGGGAGUGCGCUGUGGGCGUUCAAGGAGGCGGUGGAGAACAACAACAUUCCGCCUGUGUUGAUGGUGCAUGGGGAACAGGACCCCAGAGUGCCGGUUACGCAGGCCUGGGGAUUCAGGAGGGCCAUGGAGGAGGCUGGCCUGGCUUUCCGGUUUGUCACGUAUCCGCGGGAGGGGCAUUUCAUUCAGGAGACAAAGCACUUGGAGGAUUUGAUCCAAAGGGUGGUUGGAUUUGUGAAGGAGCAUCUCCUGUAA